AUGGUUAACAAGUACAUGCGGUGCGCGAGCAAGGCCGCUGAGAGCGCGUCUGCACGCCUCUGUGCGGACGCCGAAGCAGAAACCGCAGCAACUAAUGUUUCAUCGGUUGCUGAAGCGACCCAACCUGUGUCACCUGGUGAUGCAGGCGCUCAUCAUGAAGACACUCAUGUCUUCACAGAGUAUGAGCUCGGUGUCUCAUACUCUCCUGAUACGGAAGACGGAUCCGUAUCGACGGCGAUCGAAUCCAAGCCGCCUGCCCAGCGUGGCAUGGAUGAUGCUAUGCGUCGUAGCAUCUUUGGUUCAUCUGAUUCAUCAGAUGAACCAUCGCCGAAGCGAAGGCGCUCGAGGUCGCGAGACUCGGGCGCUAAUAGUGGUGUCGGUUCUCCUAUGGACACCACUUCACAGCGAGGUGCCAGUACUUCUGUCGGCACAUCGCAGGAAGAGCGGGACCGCAAUGUCUUGCGUCUCGCUCCCGAGAAGAAGGCAUGGGUGCCUCCAAAAUCUGUCAUGGAUCACUGUCGGCGACGACGAGUGAUCGUUAUCGAACACGAUUGUUCGAUUCGUCAAGGAUCCAUCACCUUGACCCCAGCGCGAAAAACUAUCGCGCUGAGAAUGAAUUCUUCAUCGAUGCUUUCUUCAGACAUCGAUGGUCGUGACGCUUGGAACGACAAACUUAUCAAAUCUCGUGAUGAGUUUGAAAAGCGAACCCCUACAGGUGCACGCUACAAGCUGCAUCGUCUGUCUGGGGAGAAAGGGUUACCCUGCCUCUCAUGGGGAGACUCGUGCCCAUGUUGUGUGAACAACUCUGCACGAGCACCUAAGGAGGCUUACCUCCUUACUAGCCCGUGGCGGCACACUUUCUCCGGCGGUCCUUCUGCGACACAGGAUGUGCCGCGUCGUACUGCUCGACCAGACCCAGUACGCCAGCCAUCAGUUGGGAGCGGGGCUCCCAAGUAUCCCAGGACGGGGGAUAGCCGCGCCACCGGACGAGAUAACUCGUCCGACGUCCGUUCACGUCGCGGUGGUUCAACAGCUGCUCAACCAGAUAGCGCUGGCCACCGCGAGAGUCCUCUAAUGGAGGUGGAGGAGGAGGGAAGACGCUCUCCACACGAUCGUGGGGAAGCGUGUGUUCCCGAGAGCUUCUUUGAUCGCGUAACGCAAGGGUUACGCGGCGAUCUCGAACAUGAGCGGGACAGGCGUCUCCAAAUGGCGGACACUGUCUCAAGGCAUCGAGCUGAGUUUGCCUUUGCUCAGCUUGAGAACGAGAGCGCUCUGACGUCUCUGCGUGACGAGCUAAGGGUAGCUCGUGGGACUGUUGAUCGGUCUCGGGAUGAGGUAGCUGCUCUUCAUAUCCUUGUUGAUGCCCACCAUCGGGAGCACAAGGCUCUCUGCGAGAUGCUUGAGCGCAAGAGCGUUCUUCAUCGGAAGAAGCAGCGUACUGAUGGUACGGCUUAA